AUGAGCUCGCCUUCGAUGUCAGUCAAGAGUAUCAUCGCUCGGCUGCUUGCUGCGUUUAGCCUCCGAAUGGAUGUCUCGUCAACAGUGGCUACCUGGCUCUCUCUCGCCGUUACGGUGGUAGGGCUGGGCUCCAUUGUCACCCAAUUCGGGACGAUCAUCGAUCAGACUGACCCCUUCCACACCCUGCGAGAUAUACAACACCUGGGCCGCUGGCGGUUCUGGCAGCCACAUGUACCAUGGUAUAGAGUCGUGAAGCCCCCUCCUGUCGGGCCUGUAAUCAACGCCAAUCUGCCAUGCGGGCUCUGUGGCAGAGAGAUUGUCCAUGUCAGUCGGCGGCCACUCGCGCAGCCAACAGGUAAGGCUGCAUUGUCUAACCUGCUCAACCCCUCCCAGACCGGCUCGCUAGUCUCUACCGAAAGCCCCGUCAAGACGGAGCACGUCGUGACCAUCUCGGGAGAACCGCCAGUCCAGCUGCCAACCUGGGAUAGCCUCCCUCGAGGCCCUCUAACCAAGCACAAGCUAGUUGCACGCGGCGCAUCUGGCCAUCGAGCCGCAUACGCCUCCUACUGCGGACAAUGGUACGUCGAAUGGCCCAUUGGCGACGCCGCACACGUCCACUUCGCGGCCUACGAUUCGCACACUCUGAACAAAGACGUCUACCCUCCGACCUUUGAAGUCCGUGUCGGCCGUUACCUGCGCAAGCUAGCCGGUGUCAUCGAAAGCCUCGCGUCCUCUGCACCAUUCAAAUGCGCCUUCCCCGGCCGCAAAACAUCGGGCAGAUGGGUUCUCGAACACAUCGUGCGAGGCUUUGGCGGCGCCCAUGGCAGCAGACACCUCUACAACAUGAUUGGAGGCAACGUCAAUGAAGUCGAUCUUCUAUUGAUGAAGCCUGUCACUGAGGACAAUAAUGACUACGACAUACCAGAGCUAGAAUCCAGUUUCACCACUCUGUCCCUCCCCAGUACCGAAUCCAACCCCCGCCACCAAUCCACUACCACCACCACCCACUCCGUAACCCUACACAUCCCACCCCUCGAAGCCACCAUCCUCAACACCUGCCUCGACUACCUCCCCUGGUCCUCCCUCUCAUGGUCCAUCCACCGCGGCCUCCGCGACAUCCUUCUCGCCUUCGCCAAACCUCGCAUGAACCACUACCGCGCCCAAGUCGCCCAUACCCUCCGCACCACCGUCUCCACGCACGCAGACCGGCUCAUCGCCCGCGGCUGGGACGCCCAGUUCGUCCACAAUGGCAGCAUGGCCGACCUAGCCGCGGGUGCCGUGUUAGCCGGGAACGGCAAUUCCGGGGACGCAGUGCGCAUCGUCACGGAUAUAGCGGCAGUGUGGUAUGAGGGGCGGAGAAGAAGGACUGGUGAUGGGUCAGAUAGUAUAGUAUCAUUCGAUGAGACCAUGUUCUGGAGGGUUCCUCACCAGCAAGUGGAAGAAGUAGGUGGAGAGAGGGGAGAGUUAAGUUCCAUGGCUGUUGUGGCGCUAGUCAAGUUCUUUGUUCUGGAAUGGAGUGUGGAGUUGGAUUAUCAGAUGUAUCAUGAUUUGCCGUUGGAGUUGUAUUUGGGAUGAUACCUUCAUAUAUAUACGUACCUUUUUUUUUCUUUUCCUUGUUGAAUCUUUCUAGAGGGUUUUGCGGUUUUUGAUACCGUGGUGGUGAUUUAUCAUGUUGAGAAAUGGACAGAGAAAUAGAGUGGUAGAGUAACCCAUUCCCAAUCUUGUUUUUUGAGUAGUCAAAUUGAUCCAGUAUAUUAUCCUCCUGUGAGGGGAUAGCAUGCUCAACUUCUC